AUGAAAACAAAUUUCAUUGCUCUCGCAUCAACACUUCUUAUUGCUACUACAGCUUUCGCUGUGUCCAUUCAUGAUGACAAGCGUACGCCAGUAUACAUCUCCUUAGAAGACCAAUAUGAAGUUAACCUCGAACAACGUUUAAACAGUAAGAUUAAAGUUGAAGAUUUUCUCUUUCUAAACGACCAAGUAGAAUUUGAAGCAGAUAAGAAUGAAAUUGAAGCCUUAAUCAAGCGACUCGUCAUAGCUCUUGAGGAUGGAGGUGACAACGAAGCGGAUGAAGACGAUAAGCGUGGCUUAGAUUUAGAUGUAAAGAUCCUUAAAGCUGAUAAGGAAGAAAUUACUGGUAAGCACAACUACGGUGCAUGGAAAUAA